AGGCCAUGAAACGAGUUGAACUGUCACUGUUGCCGCCGUACCUGCUGCUGCCGGCCUUUCUCGGCCUACUGCUGUUGCUGCUGCCGCUCGGUUGGGUUGACGGAUCGAGGCCGGGUGCAGGCCACCGGUUGGAUGUGUACAUUGCGGGUUUCUUCCCGUACGGGGAGGGCGUCGAGAACAGCGAAACGGGCCGGGGCGUGAUGCCCAGCGUCAAGCUGGCCCUGGACCAUGUCAACGAGCACUCGACCAUCCUGCGGAACUACCGGCUGCACAUGUGGUGGAACGACACCGAGUGUAACGCGGCCGUCGGAGUCAAGAGCUUCUUCGACAUGAUGCACUCGGGGCCGCACAAGUUGAUGCUGUUCGGAGCGGCCUGCACCCACGUGACCGAUCCCAUCGCCAAGGCCAGCAAGCACUGGCACCUGACGCAACUGUCCUACGCCGAUACCCACCCCAUGUUCACCAAGGACUCCUUCCCGAACUUCUUCCGGGUGGUGCCCUCGGAAAACGCCUUCAACGCGCCCCGUCUCGCCCUGCUCAAAGAGUUCAACUGGACUCGCAUCGGAACCAUCUACCAGAACGAACCCCGGUACGCACUUCCGCACAACCACAUGGUCGCUGACCUUGACGCAAUGGGCACGGAGGUCGUCGAAACACAGAGCUUCUCCAACGACGUCGAAGAACCGCUGCGGAAGCUCCGCGAAAAGGACGUCCGCAUCAUCCUGGCCAACUUCAACGAGUACUGGGGCCGGAAGGUGUUUUGCGAGGCGUUCCGGUCGGAGAUGUUCGGCCGGUCGUACCAGUGGCUCAUCAUGGGCACGUACGGCAACGAGUGGUGGGCGGAGAACGAUACGGAUUGCAGCCCGGAGGAGGUCCGGGCGGCGCUCGAGUCGACCAUCAUGGUGGAUCUGCUGCCGCUGGCCACGAGCAAGGAGAUCACCAUAUCGGGCAUUACCGCCGACGAGUACCUGGCCGAGUACAACAGCCGGCGGGGCAACGAGUACUCGCGCUUCCACGGGUACACGUACGACGGCAUCUGGGCCGUCGCCAGCGCCAUCCAGUACGUGUCCCAGCGGAAGGAGCUCUCGCUGACGCACUUUGAGUACCGGAAUUCCCGCUGGGAGGACAUUUUUCUGGAGGCGCUCAAGAACACCAGCUUCGAGGGCGUUACGGGUCCGGUACGCUUCUACAACAACGAACGCAAGGCGAGCUUUCUGCUGAAGCAGUUUCAGAACAACGAAGAGGUCAAGAUUGGCGAGUACAGCUCGCUGACGAACCGGCUGGACCUGACGCUGGGCAAGCCGUUGAAGUGGGUGGGCCGGAGUCCGCCGAAAGACCGGACGCUGCGGAUCAUCGAGCACAGCCAGGUCAACAUUACGAUCUACGUGGUGCUGGCGAGUUUGUCGUGCGUCGGGAUCGUGAUGGCGUCCGUGUUCCUGGCCGUCAACAUCAAGUUCCGGAAUCAGAGGUACAUCAAGAUGAGUAGUCCCCACCUGAACAACCUGAUCAUCAUCGGGUGCAUCUUGACGUACAUGAGCGUCAUCUUUCUGGGGUUGGACAGCGGGUUGAGUAGUGUGGCGGCCUUUCCGUACAUCUGUACUGCACGCGCCUGGCUGUUGAUGGCCGGCUUCAGUUUGGCGUUCGGGGCCAUGUUCUCCAAGACGUGGCGAGUGCACUCGAUCUUCACCGAUCUGAAGCUCAACAAGAAGGUCAUCAAGGACUACCAGCUGUUUAUCGUGGUCGGCGUGCUGCUCAGUCUGGAUCUGGCGAUCAUGACCACCUGGCAGAUCGCGGACCCGUUCUACCGCGAGACCAAGCACAUUGAACCUUCGGAACAUCCAACGCUGGAGGACGUGAUCAUCGUGCAGGAGAACGAGUACUGCCAAUCGAACCAGAUGUCGAUCUUCAUUGGGAUCAUCUACGCGUACAAGGGUCUGCUGCUGAUCUUCGGGGCGUUUCUGGCGUGGGAAACGCGUCACGUGUCCAUCCCGGCGCUGAACGACUCCAAGCACGUCGGCAUGUCCGUGUACAACUGCGUGAUCAUGUGCGUAAUGGGAGCGGCGAUCGCGCUCGUGCUGUCCGACCGGAAGGACGCCGUCUUCAUCCUGAUAUCGCUGUUCAUCAUCUUCUGUACGACAGCCACGCUGUGUUUGGUGUUUGUACCCAAGUUUGUAGAACUGAAGCGCAACCCGAGCGGAGUCGUGGACAAGAAGUGCCGCGCCACGCUGCGGCCCAUGUCCAAGAACCGGCGCGACUCGUCGGCGUGCGAGCUGGAGCAGCGCAUGAAGGACGUCAAGCAGACCAACUGCCGGUUCCGGAAGGUCCUGAUGGAGAAGGAAGCCGAACUGCAGGCGCUGGUCAAGCGACUGGGACCGGACGCUCGGGCCUGGAUCGGACUGGAGACGUGCUCGUCCGAGCCGGAUGUCAACAAGGAGACGGUCAAGAUCCAAGUCAAGAAGGACUACGCCAGCGAGGGAACCGAGUUCACGUCGAUCGGCAGUCUGGUUGGUUCCAGCAACGACACCCUGGAUUCCGUCGGACCGGAACGCAGGAAAAAGAAGACCACGGUGGUGCUGCCGGGUGAGGAAUCUGCCACCGCCAAGCCACCACUCUCCUCCACCACCGUGGUCAACUCCAUCUCCAAGAGCAGCCUAACCAACACGGCCUCGGCACCGGCCUCACUGCCAACGACGGUCACGACGGCGGCCCAAACGGUGCUGUCGACGACGGCCACCAGCCAAGCGAUGACGGCGACGAAUGGUGUCCAAACGGCCACGAAUGCCAAGUCGGCGGUCACGUCCAACAGCAUUAGUGCGUGCACCAGCGUGCCGCAAGAUCCGAACAAGCCCAUGUUCAACAGCGAUGCGCGGAGGGAGUCGCUCGCGAGUUCCAAGUACUCGCCGGGGCAUAUCAAGGAUCGCUACGAGGACGACCGGCAGCAGUACCAGAACAUCACCAAGUCCAACACCCAGCUCAACUGCUCGUCGGCGACCUCGCUGAACCACUCGAACAACGACCUCAACCAGGUUUGUCACCACACCAAGCCGAGCAGCAAACCCAGAGGAGAACCUCCGAAUGACCCAACGCGAAGGGUCAGCGUGCAGGCGACGACCUCGCUCAAGGGCAACUUUGUCGUGUCCCAGAGUGACCUGUGGGACACCCAGACGCUGAAUCACGCCAAACAGCACCAGCGGCACUCGCCACGGGGACAAUCCCGCUGUCCGGACCACAGUCACCAGCAGCAGCAGCAGCAGUCCCAGCAACCUCCCCAGUACUCGGAUCACGAACGGAGCGAAGCCAGCGUGGCUGCCUCACCCGGUCCCAUCCAGCGGAGCGUGUCGGAGAAGAACCGUAGCAAGCACCGCCACAAGCAGAAAUCAACGGCGGCCGCCGCCUGCCAGAGCGAAACCGACAGCGAGCGGGAACAACGCAGCGACUAUCAGAGCUACUCGGUGUGUUCAGCGGCCAUCGGUUCGUCCGCGACCAUGGUCAACUCGACAUCGCACCACUCGGCCGCCACCAACAACUCCACCAAGGGCACCACCGCCAACUCGGUGUCCUCGUCACGUAAACUAUCGAAAUCACAGCACUCGCAUCACCACUCGACGCCAAACGUGGCCCCCGAGAAGAAGCACUCCAUGUCGGGCGGAUCGAUCGGAGGAGGAGGAGUAGGGGAACGAGGGGGCUCCACUUCCGGCGGAGGGGGGUCGUCCCACAUCCGGCACCGCAAGAAAGAGUCCAGCCAGUCCAAGCCGAACCUGUACGGGGCCUGCUCGGAGUCGGAACUGCUCGACGGGGACACGGCCAUUCUGCCCAUUUUCCGGAAGUUGCUCAACGAAAAGGACUCGAGAUAUCGCACGCGGAACACCGUUGGGGCCAGCUGCCCGAAUAUAUCGAUUAAAUGUGAUAUUGUUGAGUAUCUGUAAGGUGUGCGUGUGUGUCGAUCGGUUUCUUUGUUUUUGGUUUGGUCUUGAAUUUAAAUCUCCUCACAUGUUCACAUCGAAAGCAAUUCUCUAGAUUUUCCAUAAAAAUCUUUUUUUUUAGACAAUUAGAAAAUUUGAGAAAAUUUGAGUGCAUUCACAAAAAUACGGUAUUUUGUGAAAAUUUUA